CUAUACGACUGGAAUGCAAAGAUUAGCAAGUGUUUCUUAUUAGGAGUGUGCAUGUUUAAAUAUAAUCACACUUUUCGUGACAUAAUUCGCAAAAUGGAAACAAAAUCCCCGUACUUCUCUCCGAAGAAAACGCGCAACUUCAUCAAAAAACAGCAGCACCCCGCCGGCCUUAAAGCAACUCUGCUGCAAAAGUCCACCGAAUCUGCAGGAAUUGAUAAUAAAGCCACAUGCAGUGGUACUGUUUCUGCCAUCACAAAGCUCGUCGAACUGACCGUUCCACAAAUUAAACUGGAACCGGCAAUUACGGAAAUUACGAACAACAAACGUCGCCAACGGAAGCAGCCAAUCAAAGUUGAAACCAGCCCGGAUCGAUCGGGAACCAACAGGUCGCCCUAUUUCCCUGGAGAACGAACCCCCGUCAAACGGGAACCGCUUUCACCGUCUCCACAGAAGCGAACGCCGGUUAAAGAAGAGCCCACAGCAGACGAAGACGCUAAGCAAUCAAAAUGGGAACCGAAGAAUUGGCGCCUGACGUUGGAAAACAUCCGCCAAAUGAGACAGAUGGUGCCGGCUCCGGUGGACACGAUGGGAUGCGAUCAGUUCAAAGACGAUGUAAAUGUCCCCGUCGAGCUCAGACGGUUCCACACGUUGGUUUCGCUGAUGUUAUCCAGUCAAACCAAGGAUCAGGUCAACUUUGAGUGCAUGCAACGUUUGCGGAAACAUGGACUAACGCCGGAGAACGUGGUGGCUACGGAGCCGGCUGUCUUGGAGAAACUUAUUUAUCCGGUGAGCUUUUACAAGAACAAAGCCAAGUUCAUCCGACAAGCAUCGCAGAUCCUGAUCACCGAUUACGGCGGCGAUAUCCCGGAAACUAUCGAGGGCCUCUUGAAGCUUCCCGGAGUGGGCAAAAAGAUGGCCCACCUGUGUAUGCGCUCUGCGUGGAAUGUGGUCACUGGUAUUGGCGUAGACACCCACGUGCAUCGGAUUUGCAACUGGCUCCAAUGGGUUCCGAAGGAAACCAAAACACCGGAGGAUACCCGCGUUGCCCUGGAGAAGUGGCUGCCCUUUGAACAGUGGGAGGAAGUCAACCAGCUGUUGGUGGGAUUCGGACAAACCAUCUGUCCGGCCACGUAUCCGCACUGCAACGACUGUCUCAAUGCGGAUAUUUGCCCGGCGAAGGGAAAGCAUGGCAUUCGCAAGACGCCCAUCAAAAAGGAGAAGUUGGAGUUUUAAAAGCCCAAGUCGGGGUAAGUCGAGAUCUGUUUUUUUUUUAAAUAUUACUUUCUAUAUGUAUUAUCACCUCAGUA